UUGUGCGCAAGAUGACGUAAUAUAUCUUGAUUGGGUAAAUGAGCCAAUGUUAUAAUGUGAACGGUUUCUAUUCAGCACAGUUUACAUUUGUUUGAGAAAGUGAGCGGAUAUAGUUGUAUCAGUUAGUUUUAAAUAGAUAUAUAAGCGUGGAACACUUUAUCUUGCUCAAGAAAGCUAUAAAAGAACUCAAGAGUGUUAUCUGAAUAUAAGUAAAGCAAAAACCUAUAAAGCAGUAAAUGUAUUUUUAUGGAAGGCUAAAGUAUGGAUCAAUUUUGUGGUAGUAAAUUUUGGAACUAUAGUUUAAUAUGGAAUACAGAUGACCCAGAGAUUACAGAAUGUUUUCAAAAAACUGUGCUAGUAUGGGUGCCAUGUGCAUUUUUAUGGUUAUUCUCUGGAAUAGAAAUUUAUUAUUUCUUAAACAGCAAAAACAAAAAUAUUCCAUAUACAUGGUUAUUUAUUUCUAAACAAAUACUCAUAAUAACUCUGAUUUUACUUAAUAUUGUUGAUUUAGGAAUAGCUAUAUAUAAAAGUACUUAUAAAGAAGUUUAUAAUGUUGAUUAUUGUACACCAAUUAUAAGAAUUGUUACCUUUCUUAAGACAAGUAUUUUAGUAACAUAUAAUAGGAAAUAUGGAAUGCGAACUUCUGGACUAUUAUUUUUAUUUUGGUUUCUACUUGCUUUAUGUGGAAUUAUUGAAUAUAGAAGUUUAUUAAAAUUAUAUAUAAACAAGAAUGAGAUCUCUUAUAUCUCAUUUAUAUCUUAUCCAAUAGUGAUACUUUUAUUCUUAUUGAAUUUCUUGGUUGAUGCUGAACCUAAAUAUUCUAAAUAUCCCAGGGCUGAAAAACCAUGUCCAGAACAAAAAUCUUCCUUUCCAGGAAAAAUCUUUUUUAGUUGGUUUGAUUCAAUGGCAUAAGGUUUUAAAAAACCUUUAGAAAUUACAGAUCUAUGGUCCAUAAAUCCAGAAGAUACAGCUAAAGAAAUUGUACCUAAAUUUGAGAAAUAUUGGAAGAAGAAUUCACAAAAAAGAAACAAAGUAUUUUGGACUUACUUUAGUGUACAAAAUACUAAAGCAUCAUUCAGAAAAGGAUCUGGCCAAGUAAAUUUCAAUAAUGAAUAUAAAAAGAAAACAUCGUCAGUUUUGCCUCCUCUUUGCAAAGCUUUUGGUGCCACGUUUUUAUUUGGUGCAGUACUUAAAUUUGUACAAGAUAUUAUAACUUUUGUUAGUCCACAAAUAUUACAGUUACUUAUCGAUUUUACUAAAGGACGUGAACCACUAUGGAAAGGCUAUUUUUAUGCAGUUUUAUUGUUAAUUACAGCCAUAUUUCAAACAUUAGUUUUAUCUCAAUAUUUUCAUCGUAUGUUUUUAGUUGGAUUACGAAUACGUACUGCUUUAAUUGCAGCAAUUUAUCGGAAAGCAUUGAGAAUGUCUAAUGCUGCCAGAAAAGAGUCAACAGUUGGUGAAAUAGUAAAUCUAAUGUCUGUGGAUGCACAAAGAUUUAUGGAUUUAACAGCAUAUAUAAAUAUGAUUUGGUCUGCACCAUUGCAAAUAGUCUUAGCAUUAUAUUUUUUAUGGGAUAUUUUGGGACCAGCUGUACUUGCUGGAUUAGCUGUUUUACUUAUUCUUAUCCCAAUAAAUGUCUUGAUUACUAAUAGAGUUAAAACACUGCAAAUUAGACAAAUGAAGCAUAAAGAUGAAAGAGUUAAAUUAAUGAAUGAAGUACUUAAUGGUAUAAAAGUAUUAAAACUAUAUGCAUGGGAACCUUCAUUUGAGGAACAAAUACUAAAAAUACGAACAAAAGAAAUUAAAGUACUUAAGGAAACAGCAUAUCUUAAUUCUGGAACAAGUUUUAUUUGGUCCUUUGCACCCUUUUUAGUUUCAUUGGUAUCCUUUGCAACAUAUGUACUUAUAGAUGAAAAUAAUCGUUUAGACAGUACAAAAGCUUUUGUUUCACUCAGUCUUUUCAAUAUCUUAAGGUUUCCUCUUUCUAUAUUACCUAUGAUGAUUGGUAACAUGGUUCAGGCUUAUGUUUCUGUGAAACGUAUUAAUAAAUUCAUGAAUACAGAAGAAUUAGAUCCAAAUAAUGUUCAACAUGAUUCAUCUGAAUCAUAUACAUUACUAAUUGAAAAUGGCACCUUCAUAUGGGAUAUGGAAAAUAUUGAUAGACCAAUAUUAAGAAAUAUCAAUCUCCAAGUGGAACAAGGUCAAUUAGUAGCUGUUGUUGGCACUGUAGGAUCUGGAAAAAGCUCUCUUUUAUCAGCUCUUCUUGGAGAAAUGGAGAAGAUAAAUGGCAGAGUUAAUACAAAAGGUUCUAUUGCAUAUGUAUCUCAACAAGCAUGGAUUCAAAAUGCAUCAUUACAAGAUAAUAUUUUAUUUGGAAAAUCAUUACACAAAAAUUUAUACAAUCGUGUAAUUGAGGCAUGUGCAUUAACUCCAGAUUUAAAAGUGCUGCCUGCAGGUGAUCAAACUGAAAUUGGAGAAAAAGGAAUAAAUUUAUCUGGUGGACAAAAACAAAGAGUAUCAUUGGCCAGAGCAGUAUACAAUGAUUCUGAUUAUUUUUUGGAUGAUCCAUUAAGCGCAGUAGAUUCACAUGUUGGAAAACAUAUAUUUGAAAAUGUAAUUGGCUCUAGUGGUUUACUUAAGAAGAAAACAAGAAUACUCGUCACACAUGGUAUUACUUAUUUGCCAGAAGUAGAUAACAUUAUUGUUCUUAAAGAUGGUGAAAUAACAGAAGUUGGAACUUACAAACAACUUUUAGAGAAAAGGGGAGCCUUUUCUGAGUUUUUAGUGCAACAUCUUCAGGAAGUUGGAAAUCUACAUGCUGAUGGUGAAUCAGAAGCAGAUCUACAUGAAAUUAAACAACAUUUGGAAUCUACAAUUGGAUCAAAUGAAUUACAACAGAAAUUAACAAGAGGUAAAUCAAGAAUAUCAGAAAGUCAAAGUGAAUCUGGUUCCAUAGCUGAUAGAAAAUCUUUAAAUGGUUCAUUAAAGAGACAAUAUUCUACAAGUAGUCAACAAUCUGGUACUUAUGAAAAUAGUAAUAUAAAAGAAGCGAAAUUAUUAUCUCCAAAAUCAGGAGGAAAAUUAAUAGAAGUAGAAAAAACUGAAACUGGAAGUGUUAAAUGGCGAGUCUAUUCUCACUAUUUUAAAUCCAUUGGUUGGUUUUUAUCAAUAUCCACUAUUAUAAUGAACGCUAUUUUUCAAGGAUUUAGUAUUGGUUCAAAUACUUGGCUCAGUAUGUGGUCAGAUGAUAAUUUAACAGAUUUUAAUAAUACAGUUGAUCACAUUAAACAAAACAUGUAUCUUGGAGUAUAUGGUGGACUUGGCCUUGGCCAAGCGAUGACGAGUUUUCUCUGCGAUUUGGCACCCCAGCUGGGCUGCUGGCUGGCUGCUCGCCAGAUGCAUAUAAUGAUGCUGCGUGUUGUGAUGCGUGCUCCAUUGACCUUCUUUGAUACAACUCCUACUGGUCGUAUUAUCUCCAGAUUUGCUAAAGAUGUCGACGUACUGGACACAUCUCUUCCUCAACAAAUUUCUGAUAGCAUCUAUUGUUUGUUUGAGGUUAUAGCCACUUUAGUGGUUAUAAGUUUUAGUACCCCAAUAUUUAUUUCAGUUAUAAUACCAAUAAGUGUAAUAUAUUAUUUCGUUCAACGGUUAUAUGUUGCAUCUUCAAGACAAUUAAAACGUUUAGAAUCUGUUUCAAGAUCUCCUAUAUAUUCGCAUUUCAGUGAAACAGUUUCUGGAGCACAAAUGAUUAGAGCAUUUGGAGUACAAGAACGAUUUAUUAAUGAAUCCGAAAGUAAAGUAGAUUUCAAUCAAGUAUGUUAUUAUCCUAGUAUAAUUGCAAACAGAUGGUUAGCAGUACGUUUAGAAAUGGUUGGAAAUUUAAUCAUUUUUUUUGCUGCAUUGUUUGCUGUAUUAAAUAAAGACACUGUAAGCUCUGGUUUAGUUGGAUUAUCUGUUAGUUAUGCAUUACAAGUUACUCAAACAUUGAAUUGGUUAGUACGAAUGACUUCUGAUGUUGAAACUAACAUUGUAGCUGUAGAAAGAAUAAAAGAAUAUGGAGAAACCCCUCAAGAAGCAUCAUGGAAAAAUCCAGAUUAUACACCACCUAAAGAAUGGCCUGUACAAGGAAGAGUAGAAUUUAAAGAUUAUAAAGUUCGUUAUAGGGAAGAUUUAGAACUUGUACUUCGUGGAUUAUCGUUUUCUAUUAAGGGAGGAGAAAAAGUUGGUAUUGUUGGUAGAACUGGUGCUGGAAAAUCAUCUUUAACAUUGGCUUUAUUCAGAAUAAUAGAAGCAGCUGAUGGACAAAUUUUUAUUGAUGAUAUUGAUAUUGCCAAAUUGGGGCUUCAUGAUUUAAGAUCUAGACUAACUAUUAUUCCUCAAGAUCCUGUAUUAUUCUCAGGAAGUUUAAGAAUAAAUUUAGAUCCUUUUAAUUGUUAUACCGAUGAUGAAGUUUGGAGAGCUUUAGAACAUGCUCAUCUUAAAUCUUUUAUAAAAAAUUUACCAAAUGGUCUUUUAUAUGAAGUAUCAGAAGGUGGAGAAAAUUUAAGUAUAGGUCAACGGCAAUUAAUAUGUUUAGCAAGAGCAUUGCUUCGAAAAACAAAAGUAUUAAUUCUCGAUGAAGCAACAGCUUCAGUCGAUUUAGAAACGGACGAUUUAAUCCAACAAACAAUUAGACAAGAGUUUAAAGAUUGCACAAUUCUCACAAUAGCUCAUAGGCUUAAUACAAUUCUUGAUUCGGACAGGAUCAUUGUCUUGGAUAAUGGACGCAUUGUGGAAUAUGAUUCUCCAGAAUCAUUAUUACGUAAUUCAUCUAGUUUGUUCAGUAGUAUAGCUAAAGAUGCAGGCCUUGCUACAUAAAUAAAAUCCAUAUCGUAAAUAUUGUACAAGCAAUGAAAUAAUAAUUUUAAAUCUAUGAUAUAAUAAUAAAAAAGAAAUAUAGUAAAUCAUUUAUAUAGACAAAUAUAAAGUAUGCUUAGAUUUGGAAGAAUGAAAAAUUUUGUAGAGCAACAUUUUUCAGUCAAAUCAUACAUAGUUUUAAAUAAUGCCAAGCACAGCCUAUUUGUAAAGUAGUACGGAUAUCCGUUACUUAAAGUACUGCCAUUUUAGCAGCACAUCCUGUGCUUAAUAGAAAGUGUUUUUAAAUGUACAUACAUAUUGUUUUAGUAAUUUUACUUUAACAAGCCUAUCUUGAGCAAACAAUAUAUGAAAUGUAAGCAAUGUACAAAAUACAACAGUAUUGUUUAGUUUCUUUUAUUUCCAUUAAACUUUAUUAACAUUCAUACUGUCUUAUUUUUAUUUUUCAAGAAUAAUUAUGUAUAAAUAUGUAAUGCGAUUUAUUUUUUGCUGUUAAUUUGUCUUUGUUAAAAUUAUUUCGCUCUGUACUGUACUUUGACAAGUAUGAUAAAUUUCAAGCUAUGUAAAUAGUAUUCUCUAAUAUUUAUGAA